AUGACUUUCACACAGCAACUCCCCGCCCUUCACGGCAUUAUGGUUGCCCUGAUCACUCCCUUCACAGACGACAAGGCCCAGAUCGACGCAGCAAGACUCAAGUCUCACAUCGACCACCUGAUUGGCGCCGGCGUGCAUGGCCUCGUGCCCGGCGGUAGCACAGGCGAAUUCACCACCAUGACACGCGAAGAACGCAAGAAUUUGACGGAGCUCUGCGUCGAGUACGCAGCUGGCCGUGUGCCUGUCGUAGCAGGCACCGGCAGUACCUCCACCGAGGAGGCAGUGGACCUGGCACGUCAUGCCGCACAAGCUGGUGCAGCCGCCGUGAUGGUUGUGCCACCAUUCUACGAUCCCUUGAACGUGGAGCAAUUGACCGAGCUCAUGGCUGAGAUUCAUGAAGCCAGUCAGCUGCCGAUUGUCUACUACAAUAUUCCCUCUGCCAGCGGGUUGACCCUUACCCCCCAGCAAAUAGCGGACCUGAGCAAGGUCGGCGUCAAGUACCUCAAAGACACCUCCGGAAAUGCGCCGGCCUACACGGAAUUGGUGUUUGGGUUGUCGGAUCAGAUCACCGCUUUCAACGGGUGGGAUACCCUUACGUUCUAUGGGUUGGCAGCUGGAUCGCCUGGAGCGGUUUGGGGUGCUGCCAACAUCAUCCCGGAGUUGGCGGUAGAGCUGUGGAAUGCGGUCUCUGUCGAAGGAGAUCUCAAGAAGGGCCGUGAACUAUGGGCUAAGGCAUGGCCCAUUUGCAAGUUCCUUGAGUCGCACAAUUACGCUGCGGCUGUCAAGACAGGCGUUGAGCUGAGGGGCCAGGCGACUGGUGGCUUGCGGAAGCCAUUCGCCCUCUUGAAGGAGGAUCUGCAGAGUGAACUGGCCCAGUUGAUGGUGAAUGCGAGUGUUAAUGUUGUAAAGCGUUCGUCAUGA